AUGGCAAAUAGAAAUGUUUUCCCGUGGAUUCAGCGUUUGCGCUUUCGAAAUGGCGCCAGACGCAAAAAAUCUGAUGAUGUUGAGCAGAAAGGAGAGGACCUUCCGGAGCGUCCAAAGACUCCGAACUCUCCUAAAAAUGGCAAGUCGCCAAUUGAUCUGGACUCUCCUAAACGUCAUAUCAUAUCGGCAGUUAACGGUGAAUCACCAAGACACAUCCCUAAACCUGUAGCUCAGCCGGAUUUUGAUAAAGUUAGGGAGCAGAUUAAAAACGACAUAAGAAAAGAACUUAAAAUUACAGAAGGAGCCAGAAACAUUGGGAAGUUAACAUCCAAGAAAAAAUAUCUGGCAAAUGUCAACAACUUUCUCAAAACAUCACAAAAGAAAUUAGACGAGCUUUACAAUAAGCUUCAAGAACGCAAUGCACAUAUUGUUGUGCCAGGAACUGAAGAGAUCUCAGCUGCUCCUAAAGGUGACACCAGCUCCCAGGCAGAUAACGCGAAGCUGACUGCUUUGCAGAAACAGCUAGACAUUGAGCUGAAGGUGAAACAUGGAGCAGAGAUUAUGGUCAAAGCAUAUUCAGAUGGGCGUUCCAAAAAUGUCAAACAUCUUGCUGCUGCCCAGAAAAUACUACAAGACAGCGAGAAAAAAAUAGACAGUUUGCGCAAGUUAAUUCUGGAAGAAAAGUCUAUUAUUAAAGAAGAAACAUCGUUACCAGUUCCGGAGACGGACAUUAAAACCAGUGCUCCCUCGUUAUUGGUGACGGACACACAGGAGCCAGAGUCGGCUGGGUAUUCACUUUAUAUCUUUCUCAUCAAUGCUGUUAGAACCUGA